AUGCGUCUUAAAACUUUGCAAUCGAGCGUUCCGCGACACUCCGAUGCGGUUUCGGCUGUUGGCUGGUCCUCAAGCGAUGAAAUGGUCUCCUGCUCCGACGACCACUCGUUUUUGAAGUGGAAUCUGGUGACGAUGGAAGCCACGCAAGUCGCGACUCUACCCGACUCUCUGUUCCCCACCUCGAUGUCGUGGUUUCCACGAUCGUUGACCAAGGGCGGAAAUGACGUGUUGGCGCUGACGUCAUCUGAUGGAAAACUUCACAUAAUCGCCCGUAGCGGAAAAAUCGAAAAAUCGGUAGAUGCUCAUCGCGGAGCCGCCCUCAGUGCUAGAUGGAGCCAUGAUGGUACGGGGCUGAUUACUUGUGGGGAAGACGGUGCCGUGAAAAUGUGGAGUCGAGCGGCAAUGUUGCGAAGUGUACUCGCCCAAAUGGCUACCCCUGUGUAUGCGGCUUGUUGGGAUGGGUCGGCGGCGCGAGUACUGUAUUCAUGCCACGAUUCCUGUUAUAUUAAGUCGUUGAAGACGCAGGUAUCACCAAUCAAAUGGAAAGCUCAUGAUGGCCUCGUCACCUGCGUGGACUGGUCUGGAACUACAGAUUUGAUCAUUUCUGGAGGCGAAGAUGGAAAAUUUAAGGUAUGGGACUCCUUCGGCCGUGUUUUAUUCACCUCGGCCAGUCAUGAAACCCCGAUGACAAGUCUGGCCUUUUCACCCGAUGGCUCGCUGUUCGUCGUCGGAUCGUUUAACCUGUUGAGGCUAUGCGAUAAAGCUGGGUGGUCCCACAGCGUCGAGCGUCUCGAUUGCGGCUCGGUGAUGGCGGUGGGGUGGAGUCCAGAUGGGACUCAGAUCGUGGCUGGUGGCAGUCUUGGACAUGUUGUCCAUGCUCAUCUCGUUGAAAAACGAAUUUCGUACCGUAACUGGGACAUUACGCAGGCCAAAACGAACCUGAUUGAAGUCCGUGAUAUGGAUAGUGAAGUAGCAAGGGAGAAGCUGGACACAAGAGACAGAAUCACAAAAUUCUCGAUGAACCACGACCAUCUCGUCGUCGUCACCAGCAAGCAGAUUUAUAUCUAUAGCUCAACCAGCUGGAACACUCCAGUGCUCGUCGACUUGAAGGAGGGCAGUGUGACGUUGUUGAUCCAGACGGAGAAACUUUUUGUCGUAGCUGACGGCGGCUCGUUGUACUCCUACAGCUAUGAAGGGCGCUACAUUUGUGAAAUUAAAGUGCCGGGGACGGGCGGGAAUUUGAAUGAGGCGAACGUUGCCCUCUCCAACGACACCAUAGCCGUACGAGACAAAAACGACUUCGCCAAGCUUCACUUCUUUGAUCCGAACACCUCGAAAGUACAAGGGGAUGGAGCGCUGACACAUUCGGCGGAAAUCUGUUGUAUCGGGUUGUCACAAUGUGGAUCGUUGAGCCAACGAGUGGUUGCUUUUACGGAUGUUUCUGCAUCGGUGUAUGUCAGCCUCGUCAACUCGUUUGGAGCGAAUCCGAGGACGGCAAAGAUUGGUACCCUCGUCGAACAAAUCUGCUUCAACGACCUCUCCUCGAUGUUGGUGGGGCUCGGAGAAGGCAAAGUAUCAGUCUGGCCAAUGCCAUCCUUAGCUUUCGUCGAUCGUGAUUUACUUCAACGUGCUGUCGUCGAGAAAACGGUCAAUGGACUAGGGAAAUUUCCGCAUCUUGUCAACUUCACCAAAAACCAGGUGGUUCUGCGACGGUCUGACGGAUCUUUGGUCCCAAUUGCAUUGUCGCCAUUUGCCGGAACCUUGCUUGCCCACGCUGAUGCCUCAAAAUGGGAUGAAGCUAUCAGACUUUGCCGGCACAUUGGGGAUGACGUACUCUGGGCAAUUCUAGCCGGAUCUGCGGCGCAACAGAAAAACCUCUACGCUGCGGAGAUCGCCUAUGGAGCGCUGGAAGAGGGUGAAAAAGUCGCCUUCCUCAGCGAAGCCAGAAAUCAUCCAAAUAAAGACGUCAGGGCAGCAAUGCUGGUACUACUAACUGGAAAGAUCAGUGACGCCGACGCGAUGCUUGAAAGGACCGGAAAUCCAUUCCGGGCUAUAAUGCUGAAUAUUUCGACGUUUCGAUGGAACCGAGCCCUCGACCUGGCGAUAAAACACAAAAUGCAUGUGGAUACCGUACUGGGAUACCGGCAGCAGUACCUCGACGAGUUCGGCAAACGGGAAACGGAUCAAAAGUUCUUGGAACAGCUCAGCAAGUACGAAAUCGACUGGGAGCAUAUCCAAGAACAAAUUGCCGCUGAGAAGGAGAAGGACCAU